AUGGUGCCCGACAUUUUAAACCCCGAGAGCACAGGCCAAUCAGAGGCCCAGGUAGGUCCGCUCUCCUGCUCUCGGAGCUUCCAUAUGCUGUUCUUUGUUCUUUGUUUCUCUCUUCUUUUUUCUUCCUCGCUGGGGAUCUGGGAUGGUUACACAGUCCAGGGAAAAGAACAGAGGAUGAGAGAACCAUGGAACGAUCAUUACCAUGAACCUUGGGAAGAUUUCAAUACGGACCACGUGAUGAUGCUUGGGCCUCGCCACGCAGGGCCCGACAGUCAGGAAGCAGUGGCGGGAUGCGAGACCGUUCGGUCCACUUGGGCUCUUGGGAGCCUGGGGCUUUCCCGCACUUACCAGACCACCAUGCUCUCCUGCUUUUUGAAUGUCUUGGAUCAAUGA